GGCGCUCUGUUUUUUCAUAUUCUUACGAAAAUCAUUCCAAUUCUCUGUUUCAGAGAGUGGAAAAGAAAGCUGUUGAAGUUUUGGGCGUAGCGAUUAAUUCUCCCCUUCGUUCUCGGAGGUGGAGAAAAUCUAGCCCUUGUUUUCAACACUAUUUCCCACCAACCGGAGAAAUUUUGAUUGGUUUUUUUUCCUCCCUUUUGUUUUGAUGGUUUCUGUUUGGAUGCUGAGAAAAUUUGAGGGGGAAAAGUGCCUUUCUGGGACUCUGGAAGUUUCUGAAGGCGGGAUUUUGGUGGGCCCUCAUUGAUCGCGAGGCCUGUCUCUCGGAAUCCCAACACGAUCUCGGGAAUUUAUGAGCACGAGAUCCCUCAAACCGAUACUGUGGUUGAAGGAGUGAGAUGCAUGGAUCCUACUACUAAGUUAACUUUGUUUCUGAUAUUCUUCAGAAUAGCAUGUGCUUCAACCGUUGAAAACAAUUUUGGACACUGUGAAAGGGUUGUCAAAAAUUGGGCCUCAUCUUCUCUCCAUCAAGGUGUCAACAAAGAUAAACAUACACUGCAAGAUUUACUGUUUUUUCUUCAUGUCCCAAGAACAGGAGGGCGAUCAUACUACCAUUGUUUCUUGAAAAAGUUGUACCCAAGCUCUCAAGAGUGUCCCCGUUCUUAUGAUAAGCUUCGUUUUGAUCCCAGCAAGUCAAAGUGCAGAUUGUUAGCUACUCAUGAUGAUUAUAGCAUGAUGCAAAAACUUCCCAAGGAGAGAACUUCAGUGGUGACAAUUGUCAGGAAUCCAGUUGACCGGGUUCUUAGUUCUUAUGAAUUUUCAGUUGAGGUAGCAGCUAGAUUUUUGGUACAUCCCAACCUGGCUUCUGCUACAAAAAUGUCCAAAACCGUACGUGCUAAGACAAAGGGAGUGAGCACACUAGAUAUUUGGCCGUGGAAGUAUUUGGUUCCAUGGAUGAGGGGAGACCUAUUUGCUCGAAGAGAUGCUAGAAGACAGAAGGGUCUUAGUGAGGUCAAGAGCAAUAGUCCAUAUGACAUGGAGGACAUUCUUAUGCCACUGCAUGAGUUUAUUGAUGAGCCCAUUGCUCAUGAGAUUAUUCAUAAUGGGGCUACCUUCCAGAUAGCUGGAUUGACAAACAACUCCUACCUAGCUGAAUCACAUGAGAUCCGGCACUGUGUACAGGAACAUAAGAGUCUUGGUCAACAUGUGCUUCAUGUGGCAAAGAAGAGGUUGGACGAUAUGCUAUAUGUUGGUCUAACUGCGGAACAUAAGGAAUCUGCGGCGAUGUUUGCAAAUGURGUUGGUGCACAGGUGAUUUCACAGCUAAAAGAUGCCAACUUUAGCAUGGACACUUUAGCUGACAAUCAAUCAGGUAAUAGCUCUUUGCAUUUGGAUUCUGAGCUUGAGAAUAAUGUUGAUCAGAAUAAUAAUACCUUGGAUGAAAAGGCUACCCUACGAAAAGAAGUUGAAACAAAAAGGGAAAAUAUGACUGCCACAGAACUUAUUGAAGUUUAUGAAGGGUGCAUUUCAAGUCUACUAAAGACCCAAUCACGUCGUCGGUUUGCUUCUUUAAAGAAGAUAUCUCCUGCAAAUUUCUCAAAAGAGGCACGACGACAUGUUUCUGAAGAGGUUCUGCAGCAGAUUAGAACACUCAAUUACCUGGAUUUGGAACUUUUUAAGCAUGCUCAGAAAAUCUUUACAACGAGACACCUGCAACUWAUGGGAAAUCUUGAUAUGAAAGAUGGGUCAGAAAGCAAAUUCGACCAACCCCGUGCCAUCGAGCUAUGGAAAACUCUUUCGUUAGUAAUGCUUUGUAUCUUACUCCUCGUUCUCUUCCUAUUUGCACAUGCUCGGAGAAGAGUAUCUAAAGUUAAGGUAUAAUUGUCUAUUUAAUUUAUCUUUGUGGUGGGAAAGCUAGUUUUUUUUUUGCAUCUCAGCAUCUGUUUGGAUUUUGGAAAUGAACAAUUUUGCCCAUCAAUCCUGUUUGAGGAAUUAUUUAUCCUUC